CCUGGUGGUGGUGCAUCAGUGCCAGCCGCAGCAGACGACACACAGCCUUCCUCCGCCACAGGCACUCCCAGGCAGGCCGCGAUGAGGGGGAUUUAUAUUAUACUGCUCCUGGGCUUCCUGGGGACUUGUAGGGGACAGAAUUUUGGAGCAUCAGCAGGGGUGGAUGUGGUAUGGGUUGAUGACCUUAGUCAAGAUGACUUUGGCACAAGCUUCAUAGUGACGGGUGGGCAUGUUCAUCCUGAUGAAUCUAUGUAUAGUGAUAUACAAACCACCACCCCAGCCCCAGUGAGGGGUUCUGGUGCCACACACGGUACAGAUACGGAGGGGGAAGCUGACUUACUUGCAAAUGAUUCUCUCCACCGGGUCUUCCCAGGCCACUUCUUCAAACUGUCCUGCAACAUGACCAAUGAUGACAACACUAGCUUCACACUGGACUGGUACAAGAAUGAUACAAAGUUAGAGAGCAAUGAUCAUCUCAAGAUCAUCUCAGCCAAUUCCUCUCUGGUCAUCAGUAGUCCUAAGAAAGAAGAUGCUGGUUUUUAUAGGUGUCAGACAAGGUCGGGCAUUCCUAAAGACAACCCUGUCGUCAAGAACUUCACUGUCAUAUACUUUGAAAUCAGGAAGAUGCCAAAGUCAUUGAUUAUCACCAACCAAGAGCAACUUUCCCUUGAAUGCCCUGUGGAUGGGAGGCCCUACCCUAAAGUUGUCUGGAGGAAAGACUCAGCUCUCGUCACAGAACUGAAGGUCAAUGACACCCGGUACAGCUUGGCCCCCAAUGAUAAUGAGGUUCCUGACACAAAGCUCAUCAUCAGCAAAGUUGAUAGCAGUGACCGUGGCAAUUACACCUGCAAUGUAACAACCCACACUGGUAGUUUUGAAGUCUUCACCUUUGUCAGAGUUAAAGACAUCUAUGCAGCACUAUGGCCCUUCCUUGGCAUCGUGGUGGAGGUGCUCCUCCUCGGAAUCAUCAUAUUCAUCUUUGAGAAGCGCCGUGCCAAGGCAGAAUUUGAAGAGUCAGACACUGACCAGGGGAAUGACCAGAAAAACACCGAUCACCACAAGGAUUCUGUCCGGCAGCGAAAAUAAUGAAUGUCAAAUUGAAAGAAGAGUUGGUUUCUGCCUGAAUCACAGUUGGCUGGCCAGGUUUCUCCUUUGGUGGCAGGUUAGCCACAUAACAAUGAGGUGAGGAUGACUUCCUCUGCCUCACCCUGUUCAUUGGGAACAGUUUUGAGUGCUGUCUUGUAGCUUCAGUUCCUCUGACUCACCACUCAAACAAAUCUAAUUUCAAGGUAUCUAGAUCUGGUAAUGUUGCUCUGUGGUUAAGUUAGCUGUAAGAAAGUUAUUUAAUAACUGGGCCAUUUCAUGGUUGAUUGAAACAUAGUCAUCCUGGUUGUUAGCUAAAAAAUAAAGUUGUUUUUUCAAAUAAUUAUUGAUAUUAAUCCAUUUAAAAUUCAUUUAAAAAUUGUUGUAGUUAAAAAAAAUGCAUUUAUCUUGAAAAACUAUUUAAUUACAAGAGUGAAGUUUAUUAUAAAAAAAAAAAAAUUUCACAUUGUUUUAAUUGCUGGUAAAAAGAAAUUAUUGUUUUAAGUCAUGAAUUCAUUUUAUUAAUAUUAAGUUAAUGUAGUGAGGAAAAAGGGCACAUACUGAUGGAUGUGUGCACCUGUAGACCCCUUCAGUUACUGAAGGAAACAUUAUGAGAAUAAUAGUAAUGAUCAUCACUAUCAAAAUCACUUCAUGUAUUGUAGCCAAAGUGGGAAGUCAAAAUAAUCUCUUAUUAAAAGUAGAUUAAAGUAUUGCAAUGAAAAAUUCAGGAUGCGUUACACUUAGUUUUUUACCUCACCAAAGUGAUGGAAAUACUGUCAUCAGCUUCUACCUGUUAACUACUUCCAGAUACAUUAAAGGCUUAAUUGUGUCCUGCUAUGCUUUCUUGAAAAACAGCACUUGACAAAUGCUAGGAAUCAAUGACAAGGAAAAAUGUCACAAAAAAUGAAAACAAAUCCUGUAAACCUAACCAACUCCGUGAA